GCUGAGUGCAGAGAAGGUGGGCAGGGCAGGACGCUCCCUGCUGCUGAGGCUGACAGGGGCAGAAGCAGCCCGCAAGCACCUUCUCUCCUACUUGGGAGGCAGGAAAAGCAGUUUGGACUGUGGUUCUGAGGUGAAGAUAAGGUCGCCAGGGCCGACAGGGUUUGCUUUUGCUUCUUCUGGAGGUGUGGGUUGCUUAAAAAAAAAAACAAAACAGGAGUCGAUUCAGCCAUAAUGGCUAGCUUAUAUAAGAGCUAAAACCCAGGAUUUUCCCCAUGGUGCUGACUAGAAGCAAUCUGGCAGGCUCUCUUUGGGAUGGGCCAUUAAGGGAGAACAUUCUAUUAUGAGUGACAGAAGACCAGUGGUUUGGGAGACUCUUAAUUUUAGGUGGCUCUUUUGGCUUAGUAUAAGUUUUAAAAGGUCUCCAAAAGAUGACUUAACAUUGUGCUUUGGAAUGAAGAUUUGAGCCCAUGGAAAUUGAAUUGACAUUAGUUAAAUGCAUAGCUGGGAGAGUUUGGGUGUGUUUUUGGUUUUGUUAGUUUGUCUUAAACCUUUCCUUACCUGCCAAGAGAAACAAAAUUCUUUUGACAAUGGCAGCAGCCUAGUCGAAAAUAAACGAGAAAUAUUUCAAGAAUUAGAAUUGUGAUUUGGGAAGAAAGCCAUGAAGAUCAUAAAGAAUGUUAUGAAUGAUGACGUCUCAUUUAACAAAAAUACCUGGAAAUGGCACAUUCAGGAUCCAGCAAGCCAGCGGUUGACAUGGAACAAAUCUCCAAAGAGUGUCCUUGUAAUCAAAAAGAUCCGAGACGCCAGUCUCCUACAGCCUUUUAAAGCCCUCUGUGUGUAUCUCAUGGAGGAAAACAACAUGAUCGUUUAUGUAGAAAAAAAAGUUCUAGAAGACCCUGCCAUAGUGAACGAUGAACACUUUGGAGCUGUGAAGAAGAAAUUCUGCACCUUCAGAGAAGAUUAUGAUGACAUCUCUAAUCAGAUCGAUUUUAUCAUAUGCCUGGGAGGAGAUGGGACCUUGCUUUAUGCUUCUUCACUUUUCCAGGGCAGUGUGCCUCCAGUGAUGGCCUUCCACCUGGGAUCUCUGGGGUUUCUUACUCCAUUCAACUUCGAGAACUUUCAGUCCCAGGUUACUCAGGUGAUAGAAGGAAAUGCGGCCAUUGUUCUCCGCAGCAGGCUCAAGGUCAAGGUGGUGAAGGAGCUUAGAGAGAAGAAGGGCGUGCUCCAGAACGGCAUCGACGAGAAUGGCGUGCUGGCCCCCGGCCUGGACAAGGACAGCCCCAAGCACAUGAUGAACUACCAGGUUCUGAAUGAAGUGGUGAUCGAUCGUGGCCCCUCCUCCUACCUUUCCAAUGUCGACGUGUAUCUAGACGGACAUCUGAUAACUACGGUCCAAGGGGAUGGAGUGAUCGUGUCCACCCCCACCGGGAGCACAGCAUACGCCGCCGCCGCGGGGGCCUCCAUGAUCCACCCAAACGUCCCUGCCAUCAUGAUCACACCCAUCUGCCCGCACUCGCUGUCUUUCCGGCCCAUAGUGGUGCCCGCAGGAGUGGAGCUCAAGAUCAUGCUGUCACCAGAAGCUCGGAACACGGCUUGGGUUUCGUUUGAUGGGCGGAAGAGACAAGAAAUCUGCCACGGAGACAGCAUCAGCAUCACUACCUCGUGCUACCCCCUCCCCUCCAUCUGUUUCCGGGACCCCGUGAGCGACUGGUUUGAGAGCCUGGCGGAGUGUCUGCACUGGAACGUCCGCAAGAAGCAGAACCAUUUCACGGGGGAGGAAGAGGAGUUCUAGGCGGCGCCCCCGAGGUCUGGGGCUGCCGGAACGUUGGCGAAUCCUUUCAAAGUGUCUUCUUCUCCCUUGACCCCGGCUCCCGGGGCUCGACCAAUCUGUGUGUGUCUGUGUCUGUAAAUAGAUAGAUAUAUUUUGGAAUACGGUGACGUACCUCAUAUCAAUUGUCUGAUCUGCUGAUGACCAGAUAUCAUGUUAUUUCCUAUCCACUGGCCAAAGGGAAGAGUUUAAAUUUGUCUUUUUUUGUCAGCCAAAUUCACUUUGUUUGGAUGUUUUGGAUUCACUCUCUGUUUGUGUUUUCUAAAGAAGCAAAAUGAGAAAGGAGGUGGCAUUUCUAAAGCUCUCCACAGCCCACACCUUGGUUUGUAAUGACAACUUGAAGGUGAUUUUCUAUACCACCAUUAAAAAGUGUGACAUUGCAACAGUCUACAUAACUUCACAUUUGUAAUUCCGCGCGUAUUCAGAGGGGACACGUAUGACUUCACCCGCCCUUUGGAUUAGAAAGCAGAAAGCCUGUUCUUCGAUGUUGUGAAUAAUUGUGUCACAGCCACAUGUCUUCCCUCAGCAGAUGAUUCUAAAAUACUUUCCCCCUUUGUACAUAUAAUUUAUCUUUAUUUUUCCUAAGACGAUCAGGGGAAAUGCUUCUGCCAAGAUAAAAAUUAAAAGGACAUUUUUGAUAGUCA